AUUCCUUUCUUUUUGAGAACCGGGGUUGAGAAGUGAUCAAGCUGACCCAAAUUUGGACACAAAAAAACCCCUUUUGUAAUUCUGCUGAAUUUCACAGAUGACAGUUGUUUAAAAAUAACAUUAAUCUAAGUUGCUCUGGAAAAGGUUAUCUGUAUCUGUUACACACAAAUAUACAAAAUCAAUAAACACACAACUACAAAAUUGUUACAGAUAAAUAUAAACCUGAAUUACGUUUAAAGGAUUUCAAUACAUAAUUAAAGUUACAUAUACCCAUCCAAGUAGCUCAUCACAGGAAACGAUAAAAGACUUGCACAUGUGUUUAAAACGAGUUGUCAUUCUGUCACAGACAUACACAACAACAGUGAUUAAUAUGAAGAAGUCUAGACUCUGGGUAGACCAUGGAAAGAUGCGCAGAAUUAGAGCUGAGGAUCUGGAGUGGUCUUUAGUUUUGGUGCCUUCACUGACACAACUUUGUCUUGAUCACAUUGUACAACAUUUUGAAGAUAAUCCCAUUCUUGAGGAACUUCCACCCAAACAUAAGGCUUCUGUCCUGCUAAAGCUGCCUACAACUCUGCCUCUGACCACAACAGCAAACCUGAUCUGUGAUGAGGAUUACUGGAAGCGUUGCUGUCUGAAACGCUGGAGAUUGUGCGAUGUGUCUGAAUAUGGCAACAGCUGGAAGCGGAUGUUCUUCGAAUGUCAUCUAGAGAACAUAAUUGAACAUUAUGUCCCAGACGUGACUGACAACAAUUCGGUUCUUGAGCUCGUGCCGCUGUGCAGAGACUUUGUGAAGAGACUGAGGAUCUCUCAGCUCCUUCCACCAGUUAAGGAACCAGAGGUAUUUGAGGAGAACGACAGUGUGGAUUCGGUCAGCAACCCUGAGGAGGCCUCAUUGGAUCAUUUUGAUUUCCGAAUUCUGCUGGACAAAUUGACUAACCUGAAUGAGCUGCAGUUGGUUUACGGUGUAAAAAACUGUGGCAUGAACUUUGAGUGGCCUCUUUUUCAGUUUACCCUCCGUGAUUGUCAGUCAUUGGCUGAGGCUGUGAAAUCCUGCAAAUCCUUGAAGGUUCUCCGAAUAAAUCGAAGCCUGAUGGACGAUCAGAAGUGUCGCCUGCUGGUUAACCACCUUCUGGAUCAUCCAUCCUUGCUGGAGCUCGACUUGUCACACAAUAUUAUAGGAGAUGGAGGGGCAAGAGCCAUCAGCAAACUCCUCAACCACAGCCGUCUAGAGGUGCUAAACAUUUAUGACAAUCGGAUCAGUGGACCAGGAGCCCAAGCCUUAGCCCACGCCCUCUCUAAAAACACCUCUCUUGUCUCAUUCAACUUGAGACUGAACCAGCUGGGGGAUGAAGGUGGUCAGGCUAUAGCUCAAGCCUUGCUAAAAAAUCAGACUCUGGUAAACCUACAUUUAGGAGCCAAUGAGAUGACGGAGCCCACAGCCUCAGCAUUCUCACAGGUCUUAGUAUGUAACAUGGCACUAAAGAAUCUCAACCUGUCCUGCAACAAAAUGGGAAUGGAUGGAGGGAAUGUCCUGGAAGAAGGGAUGUCGCACAACAGCACCCUGUUGGAGUUUGAUAUUCGCCUCACUGAAAUGAGCUUGGAGAGUGAGCGCUGCAUCCGCGAGGUCCUGUGCACCAAUCAGGACAAAGUCCAGCGCGAAGACACACGGGACAAACCAAACAGACCAGCAAAUUAGCGCUUGUGCUGGUAUGAAUGAAUGACAAACACACGAUUUGUCAAAUGUUUACUGUAUAUAUUGAAUAGUUACCUUUCCUAAUUGUAAGAUAGAUAGAUAGAAGAAAAAGAAAUCACAGAAGUGAUUAUUAUAAUACAUGAAAAUGGCACAGGAGAAUCUCACUUUAGUAAUUCUCUCAUUAUAGAUUCACAAUAAAUAAAUAAAUAAAUACAUACAUAUUAACAUAGA